AUGAAUUUCAAUCAGAGCAAUGUACAGAGCCCAGAGUCUACAGCACUACUGGGCAAUAUCAAUGAUGGAAGCAUCGAUGAUGAUGACCAUGAGUUUGACUACGAGGGCAAUCAAAGAAUCUCAACAUGGACAACCAUAAAGAACUUCUUGGCCAGAGUAUUCUUGCCAAAGGGUGAGAUGCCUCAUGACGAUCGUAUCAAUAUGGAUUGGCUACAGAAGUGGAGGAAAUAUAAUAGGUUCCCAUUCAAGCUAGUCGUCCAUUUAGUCAUUACAAUUUGUUUGACAGUACUUAUAUUCGUCCAGACUGGCGACCUCACCUCCUACUCUGUUGGUACGGAGGGCACUUGGUACAAGGUGUUCUUCCCUUCAGACUUCCAAUACGAAGGUGACUUUGGUGCCAAUGUCAUAUACCUCUAUACAGUACAAGACUGUGUAGACCUUAUCCAAGAGGAUCUAAAUAAUUACAAUACAUUCUUGAAUACAUCUGUCAGUAAGUUCAAGAUGCUCAAUGCUGGUACCUCCGAACCUCCCUAUCAAGCCCAGUUGUCAAUAGCAAUGUACAAACACUGUGACCAGAUAUACGACACAUCCAUUAUGACUGCAAACAUGGACACUGAGACAACACGCUACACUGUUACAUCUGAUAACAUUGGACCACUCAAUGCUAGCUUGGAUACAUUACAAGAGAUGUUCUUCUGUAUGUCUAGUAUGUGGCUAGAGUUUGAGUUCUCAAACGUACACAUCGAGUAUGAUCAUCCCGUCGAGUACACCUGGACCAUUGCAGUCAACUUUGAUAACUCUAUCCAGAGUGGACGUGUCUCUACAUCGUUGAUCCUCACCAAGUAUCGAGUGUCAGACUUACCAUACAGCAAGUUGAUUCAAUCAUCCAAGAUGAUAUUGGAAAUCAUUUUGAUCAUAUUCUCUUUGCUGUCACAGAUCAUGGCAUGGCGUUCAUUCAUGUUCUCCUUCAAGACAUUCCAGAGAACAAAGAAGUUGGUCAGACGUAUCUCAUCCAAGCAAAAACUUUCUGCCUCGAUCAACUGGGGCUCACUGCCUAUCAGGACCAAGCUCAGAUUCUUCAAUCUCUGGUUCAUAGUCUGCUUCAUCUGCAACUUCUGCACGAUCAUUGGAGCAUCGUUGGACUUCUUUGAAGCCACAUCCAACGCCACCAAACUUCUCAUUGGCUUUGCAACACUGUUGUCCUGGAUAAACAUGAUUCGUUACUUGGAGUUUGACAGGAAGUCAAUUGCUUUGGUAAGAGCACUAGGAAUGGGUCUCCCAACUGUGUUGAGAUUCUCAGCUGGCAGUCUUCCAAUCUUUAUAGGAUUUGCCUUGUUUGGUCUUAUGUACUUCUCAGAGACUUCAUCAAGAUUCAGUACAUUUGGAGAGGCAAUAGUGACACUCUUUGGUCUACAGAAUGGAGAUGAUAUCCAAUCUACGUUCAGAUCAACAGAGAAGUCACCAAUCGUUUCCAGAAUCUACUUCUUUGUAUUUAUAUUCAUAUCGAUGUAUGCCGUGGCAAACAUUUACAUUGCCAUUAUGGAGGGCGCCUAUUCCCAAUGUGUUGGUAUCAAGUCCAAGCUUGAGAGAAAGAAGGACGAGGAAGACUCACAGAGACAGGCAGGCGAUGAGUUGAACGUUGAUGACCAGCUUUGGGAUCAACUGUUGGGCCUGAAGGAGUCUUCAGACAGCGAGUCUGAGAUCAAGAAGAAGAAGAAGAGAAGGUUGAUUGGCAAGUUGGCUACCAACAGGUCUAUGACAGAGUCCCAGAUAAUCUCAGCGGAUCGCGCUGUUGGUGCAUUCGACAUGGACCUGAUAAUUGAGGAGGUGUCAAAGGCCAUCUUGGAGAAGCAGUUGGAGUUCAACAAGGAGGUGCAGAAGCUCAUCAAGAACUCAAUUCAUCAGAGAAUAGAGACAAUGGUCAAGGCUCAUCAGAUCUCUGUAUCAAAUGUACAGGAUGAUGACAACAGUACGAACAGUAGUAAUAACAAUAAUAACAACAACAACACCAGUAGUAACAACAAUGCCGAUCAAUCAGCCAGUUCAAAGGUGGACCAGAUCAACAUAUUUACCGACGAUGACAACGAUGAUGUGGACAGUCAAUAA